UAUAGAUGUAGGAGUUUACAUCUGGGACAAUAAUUUGAAGUUACAGUAAUGUUUUUCCACAUCUUAUAGGUAAUCAUUUAAAGUAUGAUACUUAUCUUUCCACAGCUAGUGCUGCUGAGUACCAUCUAUUUCAUUUUAGAGCUUACAUAGGGCUUCGCACCUGUAAUGGGAGUAAUAUCGGAUUUGCCGACCACAGACCCAAGAAUUGGCCAUCCACAUAAACUUACUUCCCCAUUUUCAUGGGUGUGCAGUAAUGUCAUUGGUUACCUGGCACCUGCUCUCUUGCCGCCCCUCCAUAUCGGUCUUUUCUAUUACUUCUGGCAUCAAUACUCUCGUCAUGUGGACAAACGGUACUGCACAUGUUCAUGCUGGGAUACUGUAUUUAAAGGCACCUACGAAUCGGGCAUUGCAUCAUACAAACAUCUUUAUUUUAAUGCUACUGGGAAUACGUUGAAGAUUUGGUGCCUCACAGUUGGUGCUGUAAUAUUGCUUUAUGAAUGUGUGAGGCAAUUGACUUUCCUUGGAUUACGCUGCCGUUUAAGAUUCUCAAUGACUCUUCUUUUUCUGUCAUCAUUGUUUUCCCACUAUUAUUCAUGGUGGGUCUUUGUGAAUUACUGGAAUGAUGAAUUUUAUUCUCAAUGGAAUCAUCAACUCUUUUUUACAAUAACUGAGGUGGUGUCAACAGCAUUUGUUAUGAGAUUGGCUGACAGCAGAGUGAAAGUGACACCAAGUACAAUUUUAUGUAUUGUUGGAAUUGCUCUUGUUCAUGUUCUUACAAGUGGUACAGAUCAAUUUGUCCUGAAUGUGGUUAGAGGGGAGGGCUAUAUGCAUCAGGUCAUGCGUGACGUCAGCCUUAUGAUUCCUGACCUAUUGCACAUCUCACUUCCCGUAAUUGAGCUUGCCCGUGCUCAAAAAAUUCGGCUAGACAAGGACAUGCGAAAAAAUAUGUGUAUCUUGGUAUGUAUUGUAGUAUGUGGUUUUGUUGUUAGCUCAUUACUGUGAAGUAUACAUACCUCAAAAUAGGUGACUAGAAUUUAACAUGUAACCAAUUGCUGGCUAGUCAUGUGUUUGGUUGUGUUACAAUGCAGAACUGUUUUUGUCUCAAGGCUGAGUUUUCAAUGUGCCUGCAAACUGUCAUUAUGUCAAAGUUGUACUUACCAAACUGUAUGUACCAAUCCUUUUGGAAUUCUAUGUGACAAAUUUGGCAGUAAUGUGUGAUGUGAUUUUUCAGUUCAGCAGAGAAAUGUUCGGUAUGUUAUCCCACUUCCCACAAAACUAACCAUAUAAGUUUAUAUUUUGUAGGAGAAAGUUUUAGGCUUCCAUAAAUGCUUCCUAGAAAACUAAUUGAAGUGUGAUACAAGUUUCACAGAAUAGACAUUAUGUUCUCUGUUAAUGAAGAAUGGCCUCCUACAGUUGUUAUAUGUUUGUUUGAACUUACAAUUCUAUAAAAUUACAUACUCAAACUUUAGCUGUAGCAGAAUUUGUUAGUUGGUUACAUAUUUAGCAGCUAUUUCCCAUUCUUACUGAUUAAAGUCUGUUGGAAUCCUCCUAAGUCGUACAAAAAGAAAAGAGGACAUUUUGUCUGAGAACUUUCAUGUUCCCUCAUUAUUGUGGUGGGAUUUUGUUUUGAUGAAUACGUAAUUUCAUUGAUAUGUUUUGUACCUAAUGGAUGUUACAGUAUUUCACCUGUAUUCAUUUUGUUCAACUUAAAGACUGUAAUUUGUUUCAUCUAAUAUUUCAAAAAUCAUUAGAUGUGUAUUGCUUUUAUGUUCAUGUUACAGUUAUGAGCCAGUUUUAUUGUUUGUAAUGCUUGCCGUUUUGAGUUAUUCAGUUAUUUUGUUAUCUGUUUAUUGUGAAAACUGUAAUUUGAUAGGAUCAAAUAUACUAAAUAGAGUUGUGUUCAGUGACUGUGACUUCAUGCCAACUGCCUUAUGUUGGGUGUAUAUCACAAAGAUCUUCCGUUGUACAUUAGUUGUUAUUUAAUUUUAUGUAGAAAAAUUAGUCUGGAGUGUCAAUGUUACCAAAUACUAUUCAAUGUAAUCAUCACCUGUACUUGUUUCUUUUUAAAAUUGUUACAGUAAUUGUACCAUGGGUAGAUCGGAAUUUCGUCAAAUACCUUUCUCAUUGUUGAAAGAAAUUAUCAUACUUUUCUUCUCUUCACUGUGCCAUCAUAUUUGUUGCUGUGAAAUGAUUGUUAAAUUAUUAUCCAUGUUAAAACGCAACAAAAAAUUUAUUGAAUAUACUGUACAUGUUUUUUACUUUGUUGUCUGAAUGCCAAGCUGGAAACUUGAUUCUACAGAUUGUUAUGGACGUUGAGCUGCUCUUCCAAGUAUCUGCUCUCUAAAUGUGGACUACAAAUCCAAUUUUUGAGAGCUUUGUCUUCUUUUGUGAUGGUAUAAGGUUUAAGAACAGCACAGCAUCAGCAUGUGAUAUCAGAAGAUGAUGGACCAUUUGUUUAGUUAUUAUUACUUAAAUUUUUUUAAAAGAAUGUAUAUUUGUUAGAUGUAUUUUAUUGUCAGACUGACUAUGUGUAGAAUUUAUCACCGUAGUGCCACAAAAACUCUUAAAGUUAGGCCAAAGUAUUAUUGGUUAAAUUAUGAGUUGUGAUUGAUAAAUAAUUCUCAAUUAACUGAAAGAUCUGUUGAAAUUAUGCAAAUAAGAUGUGUGGUUUUUGUUUUUAUAUUUUGAAAUUAAGAUAACAAAACAGUGUUUUGGACAAUUAGUUCAUGUGAAAUUGAAAUUUAUUUUAAAAUGUCAAUGUGUUUUUAACUGUAAAUGAACUUGUUGUCAGUUAGUUUGAAAGCAAAGGACUAAUAUCCAGUAGACUAUAAAAUUAGCAGUGUGUAUUGUUAAAUUGAGUAUUAAAAUUGAGAAUUUAAUCCAA